AUGCUUGCUGUCCCAAGCACUUCAAGAGAAAUACUUGACGGUGACAAUAGUCCACAAUUAAGCGCUUAUCAUUUGCAGUCAGCCGACAUCCCGGCCGCAUGUGAUCUUUGUGUACUUGAUGAUUUUCGUCUUUUCUACAUUCACCAUGCGACCAAAUCGUCGCAUUGGGAACCGCCAUGGGCGACGUGGAACUGUCGCCUGGGUCUACCGUAUGCUUGGGAACAAGCCGUUGAUGCCGAUGGACGUGUCUAUUAUAUAGAUCAUUUAAAUCGCCGAACCACUUACACUGAUCCAAGACAAGAGCUUCUAACCGAACCACGACAGGUAACCAUCCACCGUGAUUCAUCGAAAGGAUUUGGUUUUGUUGCCGCUGGACAGCAGCCAACUGUCGUUCAAUUUGUUAGCCCUGGCGGACCAUCUGAUGGAAAACUUUUUGCACAAGACGAAAUUAUAGAAGUCGAUGGGGUCGAUGUUUCAAAUCAGCCAAAAGAGGAAGUGGUGUGUCGAGUGCGAAGGGCUCCCGAAACAAUCACACUCACCGUGCAACAGUGUCGACCUUCACCACGUCGCCAGUGUCGCGUUCGGUUUACGGAUAGUGUUCAGAUUUCGUCACCGGAAUCCACCGGCCUCCCGCCACCGCUUCCCAAUGUUUUACGGGUAUUUCUCGAAAAUGGGCAGACCCGCUCCUUUCGCUAUGAUGAGAUGACCACUGUUCAGGAUGUGUGCGUCUCUCUUGGCGAAAAAUUGUGCCUUAACUCUCUUGUUCAUUUUUGUCUCUGCGUCGAGUAUAAUUUGGGUGCUCGUUCCAGUCGAAUCAGUCUCCUUCGACCGGAAACCACUUUGGAAUCGAUAGCUCUCUUGCCAAAUUCCACUCACUUACGAUGUGUUUUUCGCUUUGUCUUUGUACCUUCUGAUGCUAGCCAACUUCUACAAAAUGAUCCACGAGCCUUUGAAUAUUUCUAUAGCCAAUGUGUAAAUGAUGUCGUGCAAGGAAGAUUUGCUUACGAGAUGCGUUAUGAAGCAUGUAUUCGACUUGCUGCACUUCACAUACAACAAAUUUGCCUCACAACAGGAUGUUGUUUUCGCGAAGGGAGGAUCUCACUUCGACGCGUCGAAAAAGAGUUUGGUUUGGCCACUUUUCUUCCACUAAUUCUUCUCGAGAAUGUGAAAAGAAAAGAGGUUCGACGCCAUCUUCGAUAUUAUUUGAGAAGAGAUGAUCCAGUUGGAGAGAAAAAUAGUGUCAAUCAAUCAACAUCUACAGAGAAAAGUCUGCUGACUCGAUUGAAAUAUGUGCAAAUUGUGUCUCAUCUUCCCUCAUUUGCUGGUCGUUCAUUUUCUGUAACACUCAAAGAUUCUCAUACUGAUAUGAUUGUGCAGGUGGAUCCAUCAAGUGGCCUAUUGAUGCGUCAUCCUGGUGCUACGAAAGUCGGUCAACCAACGAUUUCUGUUGGAUUUGAUCUCUUGUCUGGAGUGAUACUUCGACCAGAGACCGCCGUUCUCACAAAUAUCUCCAUCUUACUUAAUAACAAUCUCAAUCAAGGACUUGAUUUCUUGGUUGAUAAAGACGAAGCCUCUGAUCUGGCAAUGUUUCUUUGUGGAUAUUAUGGUCUAGCGAAUGGGCAGCAAUUAACACUUGAUGCAAUAGACAGCGCUCCACCUGAUCUUGAAGCUGGCCUUGAACCACCACCUUAUGAAUCUGUGCAUGCUGUUAUUCCAGCUGGAUGGAACUAUUCACUUCAGGCAAGCCCAGGAGAAAAGCUAAUUGACUUUUCUGAAGAGCCACCACAUUAUGAUGUAGCGAAUACGUUCAACGAUAAUUCUGAAGGAAAUACCAGGGGCUUAGAAUUGGCGAAACCUGAACUGCCGCCAAUUGAAGAGGAAAAUUACCGCUCGAAUCGUCUUCUUAAGGCCACUGACUCACUUUUGAUAAAGAGUAGCAAAGAGUUACAUCUUAAAGAGACAACCAGUCCAUUACUUCAAAGAAAAUCGAAUCCAAGCGGUCGAAAGGUGGAUCCAUUCUCGGACUCGUCCGAUACAGAAGGAAGCAGCCGAGCAAGCCCCACCAGACUGCCGCGCGAUUCAUCCACUUUAUCAGCUCUAUCAACUCUUUCUGAGCUUUCAUCUCCCGAACAUUCUUUUCGACAUCAUGACAGUGUGGAGACUCUUGUGCAUUCGUAUCAUCAAAAUGGUGGAGCCUCAACUUCGGGUGCUUCAAUGGAUGGAUUCAACGUCAUUGACCUCACUCUCAUUACACCUUCCGAUGAAAAGAGAGCUUUUCGAGAAGUUGCCUCGUCGACUCGACGCCCUACCAACGGUGAACCAUCGCAAGCACACGUUGUGUGUAAACAACGAAGCGAGGAAGGGCCAACUGUGUACAUGUCAAAGAUGAAUCUUGAUCGCGAUGGAAUCGAGGAUUUCUUGCGAAGGAGUAACUCGAUCUGUGACCCGGUGGAUGAUGGUGCAAUGGAAGAAGUGCCAGUGAGAAGAAUGAGUCUCAAGGAUUACACUGGAGUCGAAGGUGAACGAUUACGAGAGCUCGAGAAUCCGUCUUGGAAGGAAACGGUCACAUCGGCCUCGUUACUGAAUUCGUGCUCAAAACGACGCAGAUCAUUGCUAUCAACGGAUACUUAUCCAUCGGGCAGCGCGCAAAAGUUGAGUGUCCAAGUUGAAGAACCGCUCGCGCUUGAUAUCGUCAGAAAGAGAAUGGAAUCACUUCGAUCGAGACUAGCUGAAUCAGCGAAAACAUUCGCGAACACUUGGGAAAGGAUUGGACCACGUGUCAAUGAGAUCAAGACAAAGCUGAUCAGCGAAGUGAAAACCUUGGAAGAUUUGUGCAAAAAAAUUGGCCCUCAUGGAGCAGAAGCAGAAGAUGGAGAUGCCACUGUGACUGAGAUUUUCGAAGUGUCAAAGAUGAUGGUCGAAACGAGCGAGGAGUUGAGCCAGCAUUGCGAUGUUUUUCACGGAAAACUCAUUCAUGAGGAGGUGGAUUUGGUACUCAAAUCGAUUCUCGCGAUGUUGGUCGAUCUGGGAGCUGAAGUGCCCGGCAUCGAUCCACCAAUUCCUCAGCUCACCGCUCGUCUCGCACAACUUCGCCACACCGUUGAUACCCUU